CGCUGAGGGCGAUAAAAACGAGUGGCUCUUUUUUAAUUUUUUUGUGUAAGUGGAACGUCUCGUUCUGGUUCUGACACGUGACACACCCGGGCCCCGGAAAUAGGUGACGUCGCAGGACAACAAAGAUGGCAGGAAUAGGAGGCAGCAACUACUGGGAAGAUCUGCGAAAGCAGGCCAGGCAGUUGGAGACUGAACUCGACCUGAAGUUGGUCUCCUUCAGUAAACUGUGCACCAGCUACAGCAGCUCCAGGGAUGGACGUCGAGGAGACACGUCAGACACUACCCCACUGCUAAACAAUUCUACCCAAGACAGGAUGUUUGACACCAUGUCAGUGGAGAUUGAACAGCUGCUGGCCAAACUGACUUUAGUGAAUGACAAGAUGGCAGAGUACACCAACACCCCGGGCACAGCUUCUCUCAAUGCUGCCCUCAUGCACACGCUCCAGAGACACAGAGACAUCCUACAGGAUUACACGCAGGAAUUCCACAAAACCAAAGGCAACUUCUUGGCCAUCAGGGAAAGGGAAGACCUGCUUGGUUCUGUCAGGAAAGACAUUGAGUCCUACAAGAGUGGCUCCGGGGUCAACAACAGAAGAACAGAGAUGUUUCUAAAGGAGCAUGAGCAUCUGAGAAAUUCUGACCGACUGAUGGAUGACACAAUAAGUAUUGCCAUGGCGACCAAGGAGAACAUGACCUCCCAACGGGGCUUCUUGAAAUCCAUACAGAGCAGGGUCAACACACUGGCCAAUAUCCUUUGUUUGUGUGUGUGUGUGUGUGUGUGUGUGUGUGUAAAUAGAAGAAAUAACACAAUAGAUUGGAAGUUGAAAGGGACUUGGUAUGAAAUCACGACUUUGUUGUUCAGUCAAUGCUCACAUAUUGCUUUUCAGUGACCACAUUAUCUGAUCAUUUAUAGCGAUGCACCAGGUGGUGCCGGAGUCUUUCACCCAAAUUAUCCUUAGAUUUUUGUAGAGGCCAAAAGGUCUGAGUAAAGGGCUAGAGCAGGUUAAAACAGCAAUUCCUGUUUGAUAAUUAGUAAUUGCCUUUGAAGCCCAAUUGCACUCCUGUUUGAGUGUUCCUGAGAUCUUCAAUAUUUCACACUUGUGUAGGUUUUUGCAUGGCAUCGACAGACAAAGUAUUCGAUCCACUCCUGCUAACAAAUGUAACUUACAUUUUUCUUGAAUUUAAAUAUUUGUGAUCUUCCUUAACUUUUGAUUCUUCCAGAUCGUUUCCCAACCAUCAACAAUCUCAUCCAGCGGAUCAACCUGCGGAAGAGAAGGGACUCUCUCAUCCUCGGCACAGUGAUCGGCGUUUGCACCAUUCUCCUCCUGCUCUACGCUUUCCACUGAAAGCCAGAACUGGUGAAACCUUUAAAGGAGCGGGAUGGAUCUGCUCUUCGUAACGUGGGAACCCCACGAGACCGAGCUCAGUUAUCGGAGGACCCUGGAAGCUUCUGAACAGAAAGACAUUUCAGUUGGUCCGGUUCUUGGACGGGAACCGAUUUGGCCAACAUGAACUACUGAACUUGUGGGACAGAUGGAGGGCUGCCAACAAGUGAAUGGAGACCAAAAGUACACAUAUGACUAAUUUGUAAUCAAUAAUAUUGAUAUAUCACAGAGAGAAACUGAGGGAAGUGUUAAGCGAUGGAGAAUGUGUGAUGCAUCAUUCUUUUAGUUGUGGGAUGGUUAGUUCAUUGUGAACUGUAAAAUGUGAAUUAAUAAAUUAUUCAUUUCAAUAUGUGAAAAAAAGUGUGCGACACUACUAGAUACUGAAUAUUUAAACAAUUUAUUUUUCAAAAUAUAUGAUGUGAACUCUA